GUGAUAUUGAAUAAGCCAGAAAUUUAGUUUAAAACAGAAUCUUCGAUGUGCCUUAGACAGUUUUCAUUGUGUUGCGAAGUAUUACAAAAAAUAUAUUUUAUAAAAAUAUUACCAAAUCGUUUUAGAAAUACAUCUUGAUAAAAACAACAAGAAAACAUGAAGGCUAUUAAAAAUUAUAUAAAAAGCCUACCCCAGCGAUGGAUAGUGACCGUGAUGAGUAUGAUGGCUGUGACCAUUGCGUUCACGAUGCGAAGUUGCCUGAGCAUGACGAUGAUGCAGAUGGUCAGGCCAGUGAUCGUAAAUGAGAGUAAGUACGUUCAAGAAGGGUUGGUUUGCCCUAUGCCAUCGGACCUGGAAUUUCAGAACAACGGGACUAGUCCAGUUCUCAUGGAGGACCAGAGCGACCGAUUCACGUGGGAUGAAGAGACACAGGGAAUGAUUCUGUCCGCGUUCUACUACGGUUACAUUGUCACCCAUAUACCAGGUGGUUGGUUGGCGCAAAGGUUCGGUGGCAAAUUCCCCACUGUCUACACCAUAACGUCAUCGUCGGUAUUGACAUUACUAACACCAACCGUGGCCAAAAUUGGACCCAGGUACCUGAUUAUUCUGCGUUUCAUCCAAGGACUAGGAGAGGGAAUACUUUUUCCUGCGCUUUGCAACUUAAUGGUACAGUGGGCACCACCUCAGGAGAAGGGAAAACUUUCAACUCUUGUGUUUUCUGGUGUUGCAAUCGGACAGAUUGUUGCGAAUUUGUUUAGUGGAAUUAUAAUUGAUUGCAUACCUGGAGGAUGGCCCAACGUUUUCUACUGUUUUGGAAUUAUUGCUUUAAUAUGGUUGACUGUUUGGUUGUCAAUUGUUUUUAACGAUCCAAUUUCAAGUCCUUUAAUAUCGUCCAAUGAGUAUAAAUACUUGAAUGAUACGAUAGGAUAUUGUCAAAGAAAAAAUCAUUUAGCACCCACACCAUGGUGUAAAAUAAUAUUAACGCCAGCUGUUUGGGCAUUAAUUGCGGUAGAAAUCGGAUUCGAUUGGGGCCAAUACACUAUAGCCAACGAUCUUCCAAAAUAUAUGAACGAUGUAUUACAUUUUUCGAAGGAACAGAACGGAUUUUUAUCAUCCACUCCAUACCUGGCUCAAUGGUCUAUGGCGUCACUAUCGGGUAUAGCGAGUGAUUAUCUGAUAACAAAAAAAUAUUUGACAGUAACUCGAGUGAGAAAAAUCGGAGCUGUUAUAGGAACUGUUGGUCCAGGAUUGGGAGUAAUGUGCGCUUCAUUUUCAGGAUGUCACAGACUCGCAGCUACUUUUUUCUUUAAUUCAGGAAUGUUACUCAUGGGAUUCUGCUAUCCUAGCAUUCGUAUUAAUGCUUUAGACUUGUCUCCAAAUUAUUCACCUUCGAUAAUGGCACUUGUUAAUGGAAUUGGGUGUUUAUCUGGAAUGGCUUCUCCUUUUAUUGUCGGUCUUUUAACGCCAGACAGAACCGUUUCUGAGUGGCGCAUAGUGUUUUGGAUAAUGUGUUCCACGAUGGUGACAUCUGCCAUUAUAUAUUCUAUAUUCGGAAGUGCUGAAUUACAGCCUUGGAAUAGCGAAAAAUCUUCAAGCACUAAAGAGAAAUCUAUAGAAUCAAAUGAUGUCGAUCAUACAACUCAAAGCAAAGUUCCUACGACUACUAAAAAUAUAAUUAAUUGAUUUAUGUAUUUUUUUUACAUUUAUUUGACAUUUUAAAUUAGCUUGUACUGCUGUAUUGGUUAUCUAGUAAAAAUUAUGUAAAAAAAAAUGUAAUUUUAUAAUUUUAAAUGUGUCGUACCAUAUACAUUUUUGUAGAUAA